AUGUUCAACGGACAGAAUCCGCCAGGAGGCGGUGGAAAUCCGCCUCAACAACCUCCGAACAAUCCGAAUUUGCAACUCUUAACUCCGCAACUUCAGGAAGCGCUCGCAGCUAUCACGAACCCACAAAAUCAAGCUCAAUUGUUGGGAUUAUUGCUAGGGCUACCACAGCAACAACGGCAACAACCGCAGCCUCAACAGCUCCCGCACGAACAAUUACAACAAAUAGUUCGUCUGCAACAGCAACAGCAACAAGAGUUGCUGCUUCAACAGGAGCAGCGGAAUCAACAGCAGCAACAAUUACAGCAACAGCAAAUACAACAACAACAACAACAACAACUACAACAAAUAUUAGCACUCCAACAGCAACAGGAGUUGUUGAGACGACUCGGUGCUGUUGCUCAAAAUCAGCAACUAAAUCCGCUGUUGGCUCAACAAAUCGCUCAACAACAUGUUGCGAACAUUCCUGCUCCUCCUGCGACCCCAAUCGUUCCACCGGCCCCACUAUCUGCGCAACCGUCUGCACAACAGUCUCCGGCUCAGCGGGUUCAUGUUGUCAACUCUCCUGGAAUUCUUCAAGCUUCGAAUCAAGUUAUGAAUUUCAUCAAUCAAGAAGAAAAUCGAGUUCAACAGCCUCAACAGCCUCCGGCGCCACAAUUGGUUCAACCUCAAGCCCAGCGUCCACAAAUUGCCACGCAUAGUAAUAUUCAAAUUCCGGUGGUUCGGGUUCAAAAUAACAGUGCACAGGUUGUUGCUCCUCAAGUUCAUCGGCCUCAACCUCCACCACAGCCACGGCCACGUCAUCAACCACAGAAUCUACCACAUCAUCAAGUACAACAUCAACCCCAGCCCCAACCACAACGUCAACCUCAGCCUCAAUCACUUCAUCAACCCCUGCCCCCAACACAGCGGCAACCUCAACCCCCACCACAACAUCAACCGCAACCUCAACCACUUCAUCGACCCCAGCCUCAACCACAGCAUCGAUUCCAGCCUCACCCACCGCAGGAACCUCUUCAGCAGCGUCAUCAGCAGCUACAUCAGCAACCACGUCAGCAACCACACCAGCAACUUAUACAGAUUCGUCCUGCUCCCCCGCCGCCGCUGCCUCAACAAGUACAUCCCCAGCAACAGCUACAUGUGCAACAACAGCAAGUCGAGGUUCCAAGAGAACCAGAACGUCUAUCAUCAUCUCCUCCUCCACGUGCUGCACCACCAGUUCGAGCUCGUCGAGGCCGCGGAAGAGGGCAAAGACGGCAAGUGGAACCAGAUAACGGCCCACCGCGUGUCGAUGAGGCUCUCUCUUAUCUGAGAAUUAUUAAAGAAACUUUUGUUAAUCGCGUUCCGGUCUAUCACCGCUUUCUUGAUAUUAUGAAGAACUUCAGAGCUCAAAGAAUCGAAACUUCAGAAGUCGUCGAACAAGUUGCCGCGCUUCUAUAUGAUUCUCCGAAUCUAGUGCUCGGUUUUAACACUUUUCUGCCUACUGGAUACAAAAUUGCAAUGUUAGAUGGUACAAAGUACACAUUCACGACGCCGGAUAAUCAGACAAGAAUCCUUCUAUCGCCACAAGAACGCCGACAGCAGAGAAUGGACGCUGGUGGUCCCGAAGAAGAUGAAAUACCGCUUCCACCUUUGGAAGAUCCAGCUGAUGAAAUGGAUGAAUUGCAAGAUGGAAACCCCAGCGAUGAGAGCAACGAAGCGGGCGUCGAGGAAGAUGAAGAGCAGAUUGAGCUACCUCUGAUGGAAGAAGUAAUCGUCGAUAGAGGACAAGCUGAAGAGCCGGAGGAGGAGGAAGUGGACGAAAUUCCAGAAGAUGUGUCUGCCCAAACUCUGGAGAUUGUGAGACUUGUCACCGAGGCGUUCUCUGCUCGUCCAGACAGAACCACUAGCUUUUUGACAUUCAUGGAUAUGUAUCUGAGCACCACAAAAUUCUAUAUUCAAAAAAAGAAAGGUCAAAAGAUGGAUGGAGGGGAUGCUAGAGAUGAAGAGAUGCCAGGUCCUGCACCUCCGCCACAACAAGUGAGACCUCCCGUAGAUGAAAAUAUGGAAAUGGAAGAAGAUGAAGAGGCAAGAAGAGGAGGAGCAGCAUCAAGGGAUGAAGAAGUUCUGGAAAAUGCCCAUCAAGAACAUCUGAUUUCGCAUCUUGCUGAAGUAUGUCUUGGUGAACCAGUCCUUCUCGCUACGCUCAUCGACUUCCUUCCAUAUCUGAACACGCUCCUCAAAAAUGGAUCCGAACAAACCGCUGAGAAAAUCCAAUCGAUUCUCCGUUUUAAAGUCGCCGACAACUGUGGCAUUGUUGAACUCGCCGAUCCAGAACGAGUUGAUCAAAAAUUGCUGAAAAAAAUGGAGAGUGCCAAGAUGGGAACUAAAAAGGAAGAGAAACUCGUCCUCACAAAAAUGGACGAAUCAGGCGAAGGAUCCGAAGAGCAGUUGAUGGUGCUCCAGAAGACGUACAGAAUUCUGUACGAGAAGCUCAAAGAGCGCACAACUGCCACUCAAAUCAAACAUCUGAUUACCUUACUCAACAUGUACUUGAAGUUGGAUCUAACCAAAGAACAGUUGGUUCUACAACUUCCGAAAGUGAUGGGAGGCUCAGGAACGCAGGCAGAGAUUAUCAUUCUUCGACUUCUUGGCAUCGACAAAGAUCAAAAACCGGAAAAUGAUCCGGAUGCGGUGACGAGAAAAGACUUGCCUCCUGUGCAACCGAAACGAGGACUUCGCGAUCAGAAACAGCUACAACAGACCCGAACUGUGGAAGCGGCCACUGUUUGCACACUUGGACCAAGUUAUCGUCUGAUGAAGGAUUCCAAAGAGGCUGCAUGCAGUGGAAGAGUCGAACUCGAACCUGAUAUUAAAGAAACACUCAACGAUAAAUGGACUUCAUAUCCGUCGUGGUCUUCAGAAGAUACUGGCAAUCAGGCAAUAAAGAAGUCUAACUUGGAAGAAUUCCAUUUCAGAACUGAGGAUGAGAGAUAUGAGCUUGACAUUAUCGUUGACUCGAAUCGAACUAUCAUGGAAGAGCUCGAAAAAACACUCACCGAUAUCGAAGCCAUGAGUGACGCAGAGAGAAGAGCGUUCCAAUUGAACGACUCUCUCAACUGUACAUCUCGUGCGACAUUCUUGCGAGUGAUGACUAAAAUCUAUACGAAUUCGGUUCCAGAGCUGGUUCAAGCGGCAAAAGAAAAACCAGUAGUUGGCCUGAAAAAGAUUAUCGAAGGUCUUCAAGAGAAGGAUGCAGCAUGGACUCGCUUCCAACAAGAUGCGAACAGGGCGUGGCGCGAUGCGUUGGACAAACAAAUGACCACCUCGUUGAGUCUUAUGAACAAUCAACAGAAGAACUAUGAUCAGAAGGCGUUCAAGUCGAAGCCUCUUGUCAGUGCAAUCGAGCAAAUUUUUGAGGAUAGAAAGAAAAGUGGCGCUGACGAUAAGGAAGCUCAUAUGAGUUUGGAUUACACUCCAGAAGGAAAAGUAUACCAGGAUGUUAACGACGUCACCAGCCACUUUUUCCAGGAUCUCGGAGGCAAAGGAGACAAAGAUCGUACCAAAGUAGUUUUGUUCAGAGUCUUAAUGGAGUGGUUGUGUCGAGAGCAGGACAAUGUGAAGCUCGAUUCGGACGCUGGGGAAGUUUUCAAAUCGAAUCGAGAUUCUAUGGAAGACGACAUGGAUACGCGUCGGACUCGAAGCGAUCGUGUAUCUCCAUUCCCAACAUCAUCUUCUCAAGAAUCCAGCGAAAACGCUGCAGAAAAGUUCACUAAAAGCCUUCACAGGCGAGAACGACGAGUGUUUUAUGGAGAUGACAACGUGUAUCUGGUGAUCAGAUUCUAUCAUAUGAUCCAGGAACGUUUCGCCAAACUUCUCGCCUCUCAAGCUAACUACACCCAAGAGUAUGAUGACAACGCGAAGAAACAGAAGAAGUGGCAGGAAGGAGUCGGCGCCCGCUCUCACGGACGUCUAACACUUUCAGAAUACGUCAAGACGCAACAGGAGGCUGUCGAUGAUAUCAGGAAUGUUCGCGCAUGUCCUUCUGCUUUCUACACAACGGCUCUUCGCGAAUUGAAGCAACUCGGAUCGGCACAGACGGAUAUUGGUGCUUUUGAAGACGCUAUCAAGAACCUGUUCCCUGGAGAUGCAUCUCUAUUCAAUAACAUUGAUAAACUAUUCUCCUCUCUUGCUAAGAAUAUUCAUCAUGCUGCGUGUGCGGAUGAUCCUGAGAACGCUGUGAAGCUCUACUUGAAGUUCCGGAGGCGGUUGAUGGAAGCCAAAAGCAAAGAAGAAAGAGAUAGUGUUGAGGAGGAGUACCUUCAAGCCGCAGAAGAAGUUCUAAGAGGAAGAAAUAAGUAUCGGUUCGAGUUUGUUGAUGAUGGUAACGCGCCACACAUGAACAUCUGGGUUAUGCCGAGAGAGGAGAAGGAGUCUGAAGACGACGAUGAAGAUGAUGAUGGAAAUGAAGGUGGAAAUGAGGAUAAGGAUGAUAACAAGGACAAGAAUGAGGUUGAAGGAGAAGAUGAUCAAGAUCCAACGGGAAAUGAUGAAGCCGAGGAAAACGACGAUGAUGAGGAAGACAAUGAAUCUGACGAAUCGCCAUCUGGAGGAGAAGGUUCUGGAGGGCAAGCUGGAGAUGUUGAAAUGGAGGAUUGA